AUGGUGAAUGAAAUUCAGAUCAAACAUAAAGAUGGUAAUAUUGGUUUGAAGCUUGAUAUUACGCAAGCCUUUGAUACAGUUAGCUGGAGGUUUAUUUUGGAGGUGUUUAGAAGGUAUGGUUUCUCAGAAUGGUGGUGUGAUUGGAUUCUCAGUCUUUUAAAAUCAGCUAGGAUUUCUGUGCUUGUUAAUGGUAAUCCAGAUGGUUAUUUCAGUAUAGAUAGAGGGCUUUGCCAAGAGGAUCUGCUAUCUCCUCUGAUUCUUCUGUUGAUUGAAGAUGUCCUGAGCAGAAAUAUCACGAAACUUUUUCGUGAGGGUUCCAUGAUUAUUAUGGUCACUAGGAAAGGUAUCUCUCCCACUCAUUUGUUUUUUGCUGAUGACAUUAUGAUUUAUUGUAAGGGAAACAUAAAAAGCUUGAGAAAUCUCGUAGCUUUACUGGGUUCCUAUCAGCGUGCUUCUGGCCAGACGGUUAGUCGUGCAAAGAGCAAAAUCUAUUAUGGGGGAGGUUCUUUACGGAGAAGAGCAAUUAUUGCUGAUUUUUUGGGGAUGCCUAUUGUGACUUUCCCGGAUAGGUAUUUAGGGGUUAUAGUAAUACUUGGUGCUGUUAAAUAUCACCAUAUUGCUAAUGUGGUUGAAAAGAUUAAGGAUCAACUAGCAGGUUGGAAGGGUAGGAUGCUACCGUUUCAAGAUAGAGUGGUGUUGGUCAAGUCUGUGAGUAAAUCUUUUGUUGUGGCUUAUAAAAAGAUUUGUGCUCCUUAUGAGGAAGGUGGUUUGGGUGUAACUCAGUUGAGUGUAAUGAACAAGGCGUUUCUUAUGGGGCUUUGGUGGAAAAUCCACAAAUCUAAUAAAGUUUGGGCUCGUUUUCUUCGGGCAAAUAUUUUUAUGAGGAAUGGAACGUUGGUACAUUAUGUGAAGUCUUCUAUUUUGCAUGGUAUCAAAUGGGUUUAUUCUUUGGUGGAGGAUAACACAAAGGUUUUAAUUGGAGAUGGUCGCAAUACAUCUCUUUACUAUGAUAUGUGGGUUGGAGAUGAGGCUAUAGCUGAUAUUCUUGAAGACUAUGCUUUGGAUCGUGUUGUUUUGGUUGGAGAUAUGCUUAAUAACGGUGUCUGGAUUUUGAGUGAAUAA